CCAAACCUAACCUGACCUUCCUGCCUGACCCCAUUUCUUGCCAAAUCCCUCUCUAAACUCUAACCCAUGGGCACAAGUCAUUAUCUUGGGGAUUAGUAUAGUUGAGUAGUGCCAUUUGUUUGUGCUUAUCUGGCUUCCUCCACCUGGACUGUUUCGUUUCUCACCCUUUUUGCUUAAAAGACAGUGCCUUUGGUUGCUUGCACACCCGUUGGCUGUUCUUGGCUUCAAGGAGCUGCCUUUGUGCAGAGGCUUGCAAGAAGAAAUCUUGGGUUGGGUGGUGCUGGGAUUAAUUCUUGGGCGGUUUUGGUGAUAAAGUUUCGGUUUUUGUGCGAAGCAAGAAGAGAGAAAAAAAACUGAAAUUUCUGUGCAGGGGAAAGGACUGAAACUGCUUGGAAUUGGAGGCCAGCAAAGAUCGAGUUGGUGGUGAAUGCUGUGAGAGUUCUUGUUGAAGUUCUUGCCUGAGAAGGAAGGUUUAUGGUCUAUCUUGCCGUGAUUUGAUUUCUCUCCCCUCCUGCACAUCCAAAAAAAACAAGAGAGAGAAGGAAUUCGUUGACAGUUUUUUUCUGCCAAUUUCUGAGUGCCCUUGCAAUCCAGAAUGAGCCUUUGAUCAUUUUUAGCCACCAAAUUUUCAAUAGGAUUUGCGAUGGAUAGUAGCUCUAGAGAGUUAGUUGUAGCCCUUAUUGGGAUUAUCUGCAUUCUUGGUACCUGCAAUGCGAAAUUCAGCCCUGCAGACAACUACCUUGUGAACUGCGGCUCCACGGUCGAUGCAACUGUUGGUCAGAGGGUCUUUGCAGCUGACAAUUCCCAGUCGAUUGUGUUGACAUCACCACAGAGCAUUGCUGCUAGAACCACGCUGAAUUCAGUCUCAGGUUUCGACAAUGCCGAGCUGUAUCAGACCGCGAGGAUAUUCACUGCGCCGUCGUCUUACGCCUUCAAGAUGAGGAGCAGCGGCCGGCAUUUCGUCCGGCUCUACUUCUUCCCUUUCGUGUAUCAGAGCUAUGAUCUUGCCAGCUCCAGGUUCAAGGUGUCAACAGAAGAUGUUGUUCUCCUUGAUAAUUUCUCUCAGCCAAACAAUUCCUCCCCGGUGGUCAUGGAGUACUCUCUGAACAUUACCAGGGACAUGCUGAUUCUAACAUUUGUGCCAGAAGAGAACGCUACAGCGUUCAUCAAUGCUAUCGAAGUCGUAUCGGUUCCUGAUGCUCUAAUCACUGAUUCAGCACAGCUUUUGGGUGUUGGGCAGUAUCUUGGAUUGGCAGCACAGCCAUUGCAAACAUCCUUCAGGAUCAAUGUGGGUGGGCCGAAGGUCACAGCUGAAAAUGAUACCCUGACGCGAACAUGGAUUACUGAUCUGAGCUUCUUCACUAAUCCCACUGUUGGUAAAGCAGUUACUUAUCCAGGAAAGCUGAAUUACCAAAAUGGAUCAGCGACACAGGAUGCUGCACCAGACAGUGUGUACAAUACUGCAAGGCAGUUGGUUGCGCAAACAAAUGCCAGUUCUUCCAACAUGACAUGGCAAUUCAAAGUCGAGGCCCGUUCUAGUUACUUGAUUCGGUUCCAUUUCUGUGACAUUGUGAGCAAGGCGGCAUUUCAGCUCUACUUUGAUGUCUAUGUGGAUAGCCGGUCAGCAGCAAAAGAUCUUGAUCUCUCCACCAGGGAAUUUGGUACACUGGCCGCGCCAUUCUACAUGGAUAUUGUCUUACCAUCAAGUGACCCGUCUGGUAACCUGACUAUCAGCAUUGGUCCUUCCAGCUUGCCUAAUGCAAAAUCUGACGGGAUCCUGAAUGGCCUGGAGAUCAUGAAGAUGAACAUCAGUACUGGAUCUGUUUACGUUGUGAAACCACCAUCAGCAGGGAAACAACAAUUGCCUAUCAUUUUGGGUGCUGUUCUUGGAGGCAUUGGUGCUGUUCUCAUCGCCGUUGUUCUCUGUGUUGUUGUUAGAAGAAAGAAGGUGAAGAAACCACAGACACCAUUAACAAGUCGCCCUUCAAGUUCAUGGACACCACUCUCUCUCAAUGCUCUUAGCUUCCUGAGUACCGGUACCCGGACAACCAGUCGGACCACUUAUACAUCUGGAACUAACAGCGACACAAGCUACCGGAUUCCUUUUAUUAUUCUGCAAGAGGCGACAAACCACUUUGAUGAGCAGAUGGUCAUUGGAGUUGGAGGGUUUGGGAAGGUCUACAAAGCAGUUCUGCAAGACAGCACCAGAGUGGCAGUGAAGCGUGGCAACCAGAAGUCCCACCAAGGGAUUAGGGAGUUCCGGACAGAGAUUGAACUGCUAUCUGGGCUGCGACACCGCCAUCUUGUGUCGCUCAUUGGUUACUGUGAUGAGCGCAAUGAGAUGAUCUUGGUGUAUGAGUACAUGGAGAAAGGCACUUUGAAGAGUCACCUGUAUGGCGGUGACCAGCCUCCACUCAGCUGGAAUAAAAGGCUGGAAAUCUGCAUUGGAGCUGCAAGAGGGCUCCACUACCUCCACACUGGUUUCGCAAAAUCAAUCAUCCACCGUGAUGUCAAGUCAGCAAACAUUCUCCUUGAUGAGAAUCUCAUGGCCAAGGUCUCUGAUUUUGGCCUCUCAAAGACAGGGCCUGAAUUUGACCAGACUCAUGUUAGCACCGCAGUGAAAGGGAGCUUUGGUUAUCUUGAUCCUGAGUACUACAGGAGGCAGAAGCUGACCGACAAAUCGGACGUGUACUCCUUCGGUGUAGUGUUGCUAGAGGUGAUCUGCGCAAGGCCGGUCAUCGACCCGACACUUCCAAGAGACAUGAUCAACCUUGCAGAGUGGGCUAUCAAGUGGCAGAAGAGAGGAGAGCUUGAUCAGAUUGUCGACAAAAGGAUCGCCGGGACGAUCAGGCCAGAAUCGCUGAGGAAGUUCGGGGAGACGGUCGAGAAAUGCCUCGCUGAGUACGGCGUCGAACGGCCGACCAUGGGAGAUGUCCUGUGGAACCUGGAGUUUGUGCUCCAGCUGCAGGAGGCAGGCCCAGACAUGUCCAACAUUGACAGCAUGAAUCAGAUCUCUGAACUCCCUUCAAACGCCCAGAGGAUAAGCUCCCUGGAGAUCAGCAAUGCAGACGAGAGUCGCACGGCCAUGGACUACUCUCAGAUGUCAACCAGCAAUGCCUUCUCACAGCUGAUCAACACAGAAGGCAGGUGAACUGGACUGAAACUGCCCUAGAGUCACUGGGAAAAAUGUUGAAAAAACAUGUUCAGUUAGGGAAAAAGAGUUGUUUCUUGCCCAGUUGAUUGUCUACACUGUCGGUUGAUUUUGCCCAGAUAUAUAUAACAAGCUCUCAAUUGCAUUGAAAUUUUGUUA